CUCUAUACUACAAACACUGAAUAAAAUACAAGUUUUACCUUAAAAACACAUAUGUCGGCAGGGUCCGUUUGAAAAUUGCAAAAAUGGCAUUUUCUGCAAGCUUAAUUAUACCACCUCCUCUGGGUAGUGAUAUUCCGUAUGAUGAUUCGUUGAAGCGGCCAAAAUAUUAUCGGAAAGUUGUGGCCCAAUUGACAGUCAGCAUGGUUGUGACAUUGACCACAGCAGCCAUUGUUGUGUUAUUAAGUGAAAGUGCGUCGUAUUCCCUAUCGAAAAAUUGGAAGCUGGGGCUUGCAGCCUUAAUUUACUUGACAAUAAUUAAUUUACUUGUAUUUUGGAAAUCUGCAAGCAAAACCGUUUUAUUAGCUUUGUACGCUGCAGCCCAGAUGAUGACCCUCCCAUAUUGUGCCUCGCUUAUUCUUAACAUUCAAGGGAUGAUCGAUGGCCAUCUCGAAAAGAAGGAGUAUAUUAUGGCCGCCAUAGGUCUAGUUCCAGACAUCAUAUGCCUAAGUAUUUUUAUAGUCUCCAUGUGCUUGGGGGGUGGUGGUGGUGGUAGUGGAAGCAGUUCGUUUUCCAGUACCAGCAGCAGUGGAAGUAGUGGAAGUUCCAGUGGAGGAAGCAGCGGUGGAGGAAGCAGCGGUGGAGGAAGCGGUGGUGGAAGCGAUGGUAGCUAAAUUCACAUACCAUUCAUAACUUGUAUUUAUAUGUUCACCUAAAAGUAAAGGAAUAAAUGAAUUCAACAA